AUGGAGAACAAAGCCGUGUACCUGCACACCGUGAGCGACCGGGACUCCGGCUCCCUCUUUGAGGAGCCCUUCGAUGGCAGGAGCCUGUCCAAGCUGAACCUGUGUGAGGACGGUCCAUGCCACAAGCGGAAGGUGGGCGGCUGCUGUACCCAGCUGGGCUCCCUGUCAGCCCUGAAGCAUGCUGUCCUGGGGCUCUACCUGCUGGUCUUUCUGAUUCUUGUGGGCAUCUUCAUCUUAGCAGUAGCCAGGCCCCGGAGCUCCCCGGAUGACCUGAAGGCGCUCACUCGGAACGUGAACCGGCUGAACGAGAGCUGGCGGGACUUGCAGCUGCGGCUACUGCAGGCUCCGCUGCAGGCCGACCUGACGGAGCAGGUGUGGAAGGUGCAGGACGCACUGCAGAAUCAGUCAGACUCGCUGCUGGCGCUGGCGGGCGCGGUGCAGCGGCUGGAGGGCGUGCUGUGGGGGCUGCACGCGCAGGCGGCGCAGACCGAGCAGGCGGUGGCCCUGCUGCGCGACCGCACGGGCCAGCAGAGCGAUGCUGCGCAGCUGGAGCUGUACCAGCUGCAGGUGGAGAGCAACCGCAGCCAGCUGCUGCUGCGCCGCCACGCGGGCCUGCUGGACGGGCUGGCCCGCAGGGUGGGCAUCCUGGGCGAGGAGCUGGCUGACGUUGGGGGUGCGCUGCGCGGCCUCAACCACAGCCUGUCCUAUGACGUGGCUCUGCAUCACACGCGGCUGCAGGACCUGCAGGUGCUGGUGAGCAACGCCAGCGAGGACACACGCCGCAUGCGCCUGGUGCACAUGGGCAUGGAGCUGCAGCUCAAGCAGGAGUUGGCUGUGCUCAACACAGUCACCGAAGACCUGCGUCUCAAGGACUGGGAGCACUCCAUCGCACUGAGGAACAUCUCCCUGGCCAAAGGGCCACCGGGACCCAAAGGUGAUCAGGGGGAUGAAGGAAAGGAAGGCGAGCCUGGCACCCCUGGGUUACCUGGACUUCGAGGUCUGCCAGGGGAGAGAGGAACCCCAGGACUGCCUGGCCCCAAGGGCGAUGCUGGGAAGCUGGGGGCCACGGGACCUAUGGGCAUGCGCGGGUUCAAAGGUGACCGAGGCCUGAAAGGAGAGAAAGGAGAGAAAGGAGACAGAGCAGGGGAAGCCAGUGGCAUGGAGGCUGUGAUGAUCCGGCUGGUGAACGGCUCGGGGCCACACGAGGGCCGCGUGGAGGUGUUCCAUGACCGGCGCUGGGGCACCGUGUGCGAUGACGGCUGGGACAAGAAGGACGGGGACGUGGUGUGCCGCAUGCUGGGCUUCCGCAGCGCUGAGGAGGUGUACCGGACAGCUCGCUUCGGCCAAGGCACAGGGAGGAUCUGGAUGGAUGACGUUGCCUGCAAGGGCACAGAGGACACCAUCUUCCACUGCAGCUUCUCCAAGUGGGGGGUGACAAACUGUGGACAUGCCGAGGAUGCCGGGCUGACGUGCAACAGACACUGAGAGUGGGCACAGCCCGAGGUCAGGGCCCCGCCUCCAGCUACCUUCAUGUAUUCCUGGGGUGGGGGUAUCGCGCAGGGCUACCCUGACCACACUGUGCCCUGCCCACUCCAGCACACCCAGCCCCCAGACCUCUAGUCCAGGACCAUGGUGGCCUGUGGUCGUUCUCCUCUUGGGUGUCUGCUCCAAAGGAAUCUGCUGCCUGCCUGUCCCUUCCAACAGGGCUCCUGCGUGAGGAGCUCGAGUCAGCUGAAUCACCAGCCUGCCCAGACUUCUGAGCACCGCACAUUGGGCCUCUGUGUCCGUGUUCCCUCCCAUCUGUUAGUUACAGACAAAUGCUGAGAAUAUGUCAGAGAAGACAAAUGCCGCAGUGGAGACAGGAGGGAUGGCGGAUCGUUUACUCUUCCGAUGAUUUCCAAACCUCAGUUAGGCCAUAGUUUCAACAUCGUCCUCCCCAGCAAUGAGUGGGGACCUCUUUCCUCCUUCCUCUGCCUCGGUGCACCAUUCUUUAGUUUGGGCAAGUGAAAGAGGAGAAGCCAGCGGUAGGGGCUGCAAGUCACCUGCAGGAAUCCAGCUGGAUUUGGAGACGAGGAGUGAAACUGACAUUUACUGAAUGACUACCAUGGCGUGCUAAAUAGUGUCUUGGGAGCGAGAUUCAUUUAUCUGCUGUGUGGCAUUGGUAUAAGGCAUGUCAGUCAGGGUAAGACCUUACCUCCAGGUGGCACUCAGCUGGCCCAUCCACCUGGCCUAUGAGUCAGAAGACUGAGAAUGCCUGAGACCAUGUUUCCACCUGAACCUCAGUGUGUCUUUGCUGCACCUGAGCAAGAGCUCAGGUGUGAGACACAUGUGAUCAGAAGGUUGCAUAUUCCAAAACCCACAGUGUGGGAGCGCAUGGUCAGGCGAGAUAGGUUUCCAGGUCUGCCAUCCAGGUAGGAUAACUGCUGUGGAGCAUGACAGGAGACUGUCUGUGUUUACCUGAGUCUGACACUCAGUCAUCAGGCACUCAGGGCUUAAGCCAAGUCACCUGUUUCUUGGAGCUGUGUGGAGGUGAUGAUAAUUGCCCCUUCCUGGACUUUUCAGGUGUGAUACUCUGGUCCGGAAAACACAAGUCCUGAUGCAUCCUACAGGGGUGGAAGGAAGUGAGGAUUCCCCAUAACUUCUAGGGGUUUUAAGCGACCAUGGGCCUCUGCAGGUUUAGAGUCUACACCCCCUCCUAGUGACAGGGAGGUCAUAUUCUGCUUUUUACACAAGGAGGAGGUCAAACUGGGCCGUAUAUGUGUUCUAGAACUAGGGAGCUACAUAGUAGUGAGUGAGCACAGACCCCCCUCACUUCGGGGAAUCACAAACUCACAGUCAGGCCUUGGAUACGUGAUCACAUGGGGUGAGCAUCGGCCUGCCUGGGGAACAUGAGACCCGGGCCCCUCCCCGUGCAGGACCAGCAGAGUUCCGGGCUGACAAAGCUAAUCCGUGCCCUUGGACAUUCUAUGCUUACAAUAUGCUUGUUACUUAUUAAUGUCCUAAUGUCAGAGACUCUCCUGACCAACUGCUAUGUUUACAUGACACGCAUGUAUUCAUGCAUCUUUUCCCAGAGCCAAUAUACGUAUGCAUAUAUAAACAUAGCACUCUUUACUGCAUAACUCAGCACAUUGCACGGUUUUCAUUAAAAAAAAAUACUAAAGGUGGAAAGAUGUCACAUUGAGUUUUUUUUUUUUUAAGAUAAAAAAAUCUUGGUUCUAACGAAGAGUGUAGUUUACCCCACCGAUGAAGACCCACAUAAUUUUCUUACUUGGUCUUCAUUUGGGAAAACACAGGUCUUGUUUUGCAUCAAAUGAAAACAUUGUUGAAAAGCAUUUGAACCUUGAUAAAAGUCUGCUAGUUUACAUACCUUCUUAAGAGGACAUGGACGUGACCAUGGGCCUGUAUUUCAGGGACUAAGUGAAAUUAGGCCUGGCCUAAAAUACAUCAGACCUUUUGUAAGAAAGAAUUUCAAUAAAGCAAAAAACACAUCACUGA